GAUCGAUUGUGCAGCGUUGGAUUGAGUUGGCCUGAAGUGUUGCUGCGCUGCACACCUGCUGCAGACAUGGCGGGACUGGCAUCGCCGUUAAGAGUCUGUAGAGGGAUAUUAAAAGAAUUGCGGGCCAUGCAGGGUCCAAGUUACAAACGAUCGCUGGCGUACAGUUAUGUCAUGGAUCAGUUUCGAAAGAAUAAGGUGACGGGGGAAAGGUAUUGCCGUGCCCAGCAGGAGGCACUCCAUGCCUCACACACAUAUCUGUGUUUGCUGGCGUCCACCAGGAGCCACCAGGCUUUGCACAACCUUUAUCACGCCAAAGGAGAAUGCAGCACAGAGGAGGCGGCCGGUCUGGUGGGGCUCCGGCUCCCCACACAGCCAGGAGGAAAAGGCUGGGAGAAGUGAAAACAUAACAGAUCCUGCAAUGGAGAAAGAAACUUUAAAAGUCAUCAGACAUUUGGGCUACAGUUAAAGGACCUCACACAAAAGGUCCAAAAGACAAAGGUUCUUUACAUUCAAACAGAAAUAUCCAACAAAAGUCGGAGGAUAUUUUUGCAUGAUGGACCGAGGUAACAAGUUGUAUAUGCUUUAUCAUUGUUGAAAGUGAAUAAAAAACAUAUGUAAAAAUGUACGAUAGUAUGUAUAUUGUAUAACUAUCAUGACCUGGUUAGUCUUCUCUUUAAAUAAAGUCCCACUCCAAUCAUC